AUGGUGUACACAUUGUUUGUUAUUGAAUUAGUUUCUGCGUUCGCCUUAGCAGCAACAUUGCUCUAUCGAUAUGGAGACUGUUACAGAAAUCACUUGAUUGUGACAAUAUCUGUACUAACAGCAUGGUAUUUCUCCUUUGUUAUUAUGUUCAUAUUACCGAUUGAUGUAUCUACAACUGUUUAUCGACAAUGCCUGGUAAAUAAUAACAUAACAAUUGUAUCACAAACUCAAGUUACUGCUGGCAAUGAUACUACAACUGUUACGCCCCCUGUGAAUCCGUGUGAGAAGCCCUGGAGUUAUGUACCCGAUAAUGUGUUUACCAAUUUGUGGCGAGUGGUCUACUGGACAUCACAAUGUUUGACUUGGCUCAUAAUGCCAAUGAUGCAAUCAUACAGUAAAGCUGGGGACUUCACUGUCAAAGGCAAAUUGAAAUCUGCUCUCAUUGACAAUGCUAUAUAUUAUGGCUCAUACUUAUUCAUAUGUGGCAUACUACUCAUUUACCUUGCAUUCCAACCAAAUGUUUACUUGGAUGGUCCUAAAAUUAAAGCUAUAGCAUCCUCAGCAAGUAACACAUGGGGUCUAUUCUUAUUGAUUCUUCUACUUGGUUAUGCUCUGGUGGAAGUGCCGAGAAAUUUAUGGAACACUUCCAAAAAGAAUUAUUCACUUACACAUAGUUAUUUUAAAAUGGCAAAAUUAAGUACUGAUAAAUGUGAAGCUGAAGAAACAAUUGAUGAAAUUCUUGAUAGUCUCCAAGCUGCUACAACAGCUAUAGGGCCUGACCACCCCCUACACCGGCACGUGGAGACCAUUAUACAAAAGCUACCUAUACAACUGAGAGAUCGACUCAGUUCACGAGCACCACCAUACAGACCAGCACCGCCUUCAUUUAAAUCCCUUGUCAACUUACACAAAAAGACAAUCAAAGCACUUCACGUGUUACAACGUACGGAGACUCAGUGGGGCAUGAUGUUGGAGCGAAUCUUUCAUUUGGAGGACGUGGCAGCCAACAUUCGCUCACCAGACAAACGCUUUCAAAGAACCCUCCAUACGCCUCGUCCGCGUAUACAACGAAUACUAUAUCCGCCGCUGGUGGAGUGGUGGUGGGAGUGUUUCCUACGUCAAUAUUUCCUAAAAACUAUGGCUGUAGUGACGGGCUGCAUGUCCUUGAUGAUCAUCUGGUCGGAGAUGACCUUCUUCUCCACACGUCCGGUGCUGUCAAUCUUCGCACAUAUAGUUACUGCUACAAAGAACACUUAUAACUAUGCCGCAAUACUGUGGAUAUCUACAAUUAUAAUAGGGUACAUGUUCUACUGCGCAUACUCGACAGUUCUAAAGAUACGUUUCUUGAACUUGUACUACUUGGCGCCUCACCAUCAGACUAACGAGUACAGUUUGAUAUUCUCUGGCAUGAUGGCCUGUAGACUGACGCCGGCGAUGUGUCUCAACUUCCUGAGUUUAGUGCACAUGGACGCGCGAAUGCACAGUAACGAGAAAGGUGUUAUAGUGGAAACUUCCUAUACAAAUUGGUGGUGCUAUGCGCGGCCACGUAUCUGUCGCUGGGCAGCCGAUUGCUCUCGCUGUGCGGCUUCCAGCAGUUCGUGGGCGACGACGAUCUCACAGCGGACCUCGUCGACGAGGGCAGGGAGAUAGCUAAGAGAGAGAAACGUAAACGUCAACGUGCCGAGGAGUCGAUGUCGCGUCGUCGCGACUACAACAACCGGUUCUCAAACUAUCGCACCACCAGGGACGAAAGAGACGGAGCCCGCACCGGGCUACUUAACGACGUGGACUCAGACUAUUACGUGACCACUGCGCCAGAGAGAACACAAGACGCCCCCAUCACAGACUAUCAACGUGCAGAGAUGCCAUACAAUAGACAAGACUUGUCUUUGGAGGACGAGAUAGAAGAACGCUUCGGGAAAAGCACUCAGUCUUCGCUGAGGACAGAUUUCGAUGAUAGAAGCAAGAUGACUAUGCCGCAGAGGGGACUGUUCGACGAUGUUUAAUGUGCAAUAUAAUUAAAAAUUAAAUAACAUAUUCUGAGAUUAGUGAAGUGAAGUCUUAGUGGCAGAAAAACCUUACUAAGAUUGGCAACUUCUUGAUUGUGUAAAAAUAAAAAUAUACGCGCUUUAGAAUGUGUUUAUUGUAUUGUUUUAUUAGUAAAUAAGUAGUGUGAAAUAGAAGAGUAGUUAUCGUUAAACUUGGAUGAAAUAAAUAAAAGAUACGGAACAUCGAUAUUUACAUCGAUAACUGUUUUAAACGAUUUCGAACGUGAAUUGAGCGAGC